AUACACCAGUUGAGCCUGGCCCCUGGCACCACCGGCCCGGUGUGAAGCUUUGAGGGCCGCGGCCCUAGCCUAGGGACGCGCUAGGAUCUCGGGCUUUGGGAGCUCGGAUGGGCGUGCCCCUCCGCACCUCCCCUAGACGGGUCGCGGGGAUCGCGGCCGGAGCCCGCUCCCACCACCGAGAGGAGAGCCUAGAGUGGACGCGCCCGCCGCUCCUCCCAGCCUCCUCUAUCCCGGAAGUUGACGCCGCGCUCCAGGUCGCGUGCGGCUCGCCGAGGGUAUAGCAUAGCUGUCUGGAAGGGCUGUGCUUUGCAAAAGGAUCAACAUGCCUUUGGCUAGAGAUUUACUGCAUCCUUCCUUGGAAGAGGAGAAGAAAAAACAUAAAAAGAAACGUCUGGUUCAGAGUCCAAAUUCUUACUUUAUGGAUGUAAAAUGUCCAGGUUGCUACAAAAUUACCACGGUUUUCAGCCAUGCUCAGACAGUGGUGCUUUGUGUAGGUUGUUCAACAGUGUUGUGCCAGCCGACAGGAGGGAAGGCCAGACUCACAGAAGGAUGUUCAUUUAGAAGAAAGCAACACUAAAGAUGCACACAACCUUUUGAAUUUCGUUCUAUCGCAGAAAGCCUUAUCAGUUCAAUAAAUCUAGUUAAUCUACCAAGAUAAUGUCAUUAGGUUCAAUUUUAUAAGGAAUACAAUAGCACUCUCAUAUUUUGGUGUUAGUUUUUCAAUAAAGUUUUGAUUAUGGGCUACUUAA